AUGGUGCUGGUGACCCAGAUCACAACUCCAGCGCAGCAGCCCCGGGAGCAGGGUGCCAGCAGCCCCGGGAGCAGGGUGCAGGAGCCCCGGGAGCAGGGUGCCAGCAGUCCCGGGAGCAGGGUGCCAGCAGUCCCGGGAGCAGGGUGCCAGCAGCCCCGGGAGCAGGGUGCCAGCAGUCCCGGGAGCAGGGCGCAGCAGUCCCGGGAGCAGAGUGCCAGCAGUCCCGGGAGCAGGGUGCCAGCAGUCCCGGGAGCAGGGCGCAGCAGUCCCGGGAGCAGAGUGCCAGCAGUCCCGGGAGCAGAGUGCCAGCAGUCCCGGGAGCCGGGUGCAGCAGUCCCGGGAGCAGAGUGCCUGCAGUCCCGGGAGCAGGUCGCAGCAGUCCCGGGAGCCGGGUGCAGCAGUCCCGGGAGCAGAGUGCCAGCAGUCCCGGGAGCAGGUGCCAGUAGUCCCGGGAGCAGGUGCCAGCAGUCCCGGGAGCAGGGUGCAGCAGUCCCGGGAGCAGAGUGCCAGCAGUCCCGGGAGCAGGUGCCAGUAGUCCCGGGAGCAGGUGCCAGCAGUCCCGGGAGCAGGGUGCAGCAGUCCCGGGAGCAGAGUGCCAGCAGUCCCGGGAGCAGAGUGCCAGCAGUCCCGGGAGCAGGGCGCAGCAGUCCCGGGAGCAGGUGCAGCAGUCCCGGGAGCAGAGUGCCAGCAGUUCCGGGAGCAAAGUGCCAGCAGUCCCGGGAGCAGAGUGCCAGCAGUCCGGGAGCAAGUGCCAGCAGUCCCGGGAGCAGAGUGCCAGCAGUCCCGGGAGCAGAGUGCCAGCAGUCCCGGGAGCAGGGUGCAGCAGUCCCGGGAGCAGAGUGCCAGCAGUUCCGGGAGCAGGGUGCAGCAGUCCCGGGAGCAGAGUGCCAGCAGUCCCGGGAGCAGGUGCCAGCAGUCCCGGGAGCAGAGUGCCAGCAGUCCCGGGAGCAGAGUGCCAGUAGUCCCGGGAGCAGAGUGCCAGUAGUCCCGGGAGCAGGUGCCAGCAGUCCCGAGAGCAGGGCGCAGCAGUCCCGGGAGCAGAGUGCCAGCAGUCCCGGGAGCAGAGUGCCAGCAGUCCCGGGAGCAGGGUGCAGCAGUCCCGGGAGCAGAGUGCCAGCAGUCCCGGGAGCAGGUGCCAGCAGUCCCGGGAGCAGGGCGCAGCAGUCCCGGGAGCAGAGUGCCAGCAGUCCCGGGAGCAGGGCGCAGCAGUCCCGGGAGCAGAGUGCCAGCAGUCCCGGGAGCAGAGUGCCAGCAGUCCCGGGAGCAGGUGCCAGCAGUCCCGGGAGCAGGGUGCAGCAGUCCCGGGAGCAGAGUGCCAGCAGUUCCGGGAGCAGGGCGCCAGCAGUCCCGGGAGCAGGUGCCAGCAGUUCCGGGAGCAGGGUGCCAGCAGUUCCGGGAGCAGGGUGCCAGCAGUCCCGGGAGCAGGUGCCAGCAGUCCCGGGAGCAGAGUGCCAGCAGUUCCGGGAGCAGGGUGCCAGCAGUCCCGGGAGCAGAGUGCCAGCAGUCCCGGGAGCAGGGCGCCAGCAGUCCCGGGAGCAGGGCGCAGCAGUCCCGGGAGCAGGGCGCCAGCAGUCCCGGGAGCAGGGCGCAGCAGUCCCGGAAGCAGGGCGCCAGCAGUCCCGGGAGCAGGGCGCAGCAGUCCCGGAAGCAGGGCGCCAGCAGUCCCGGGAGCAGGGCGCAGCAGUCCCGGGAGCAGGGCGCCAGCAGUCCCGGGAGCAGGGCGCAGCAGUCCCGGGAGCAGGGCGCAGCAGCGAGGCAGCUCUGACAUCUAGCGGUGCUUGUGGCUCCUGCGGGUCGGACGGAGCAGGCUGCAUCCCGCUGCAGGGGAACCCAACCGCCGCUCACAAAGGCUGCGAACCACCUCUGGGACCCCCCCAGUCCGAGCGCCAGCCCAGCACCGCCUUAGAAAAAUCAAAGGUCCCUUUUCCAAUAUAG